UCAAAGCAGUGAUCCAAUCACUGCGGCCCAUGGUUCUCAGAGCUUCUCAGUUGCCACAUGGCUUGAUCACUACGACCACUGCCACUAGUUCUACUGCUACUGCUGCUGCUACUGCUACCACCGCCACCACCACCACCACCACCAGCAGCAGUACAGCUACCUACCACGGGGAGGCUCCUCCCCGAGUCAGAAUCAGAUGGGAAGUUGGGCCUAGCGCGCCGUGGCACAUGGCGGCCGUGCAGGCGCCACGCUUGCGCCCGAAGCCCGAGCUGAGCUUUCGCCCGCGAGCCCUGGGAGGUCAGAGCGGCCCUGGCUUCUUGCACGAUGCACGGCCGCUGCGCGUGUGCCUAGCAGCGCUGCCGCUACGGGGCACUUGGAAGGAGCGGGUGCGUGGCUGGCUACCCUGGCGGAGGGCACGCGAGCGGCAAGAGAAGUUGCUGCAGCUGAAGGAGGCCCGGCAGAGCGGCGACGAAGUGAAGCUCCGCGAGGCGCUCCAAGGCACCGACGGGGCCAAGGACGCGGUCGUGGCCCAAAGCUUCGGGCAGACCAAGGCGGUGCUGAGGGCCCUCCUCGUGGAGCAAGAGCUGAAGAGUCUGAGCAAGGUCAUCGACAGCGGGGAUGAGACGGAGCUCAGGGACGCCAUUCAGGCAGCCCGCGAGGUCUUGCCGGAGGGUGAGCUGCAAAGAGCGGAGGAGGCGCUGUGCAAGUUGGUGCAGGGCCGCGAGCUGAAGAACUUGCGGAGCGCCUCCACCGGGGAUGACGUCACGCAGCUCCGCAUCGCCAUCAAGGAGGCGCGCAAGGCGGAUGUGCCGCCGGAGAAAGUGGAGCAGGCGCAGGACGCCUUGAACGAGAUGAUCCUAGCGCAAGAGCUCAAAGCUUUGACGGAGGCCAUCAAAAGCGGAGACGAGCUGCAGCUGCGGGAGGCCAUCAGUGAUGCCUCCAAGGCUGAUGUGCCGGUGGAGGAGGUGGAGCGAGCGCAGCAGUUCCUCCAGAGGAUCACCUUGCGGCGCAAGAUCGACCUCUUGGAGAAGGCCAUCGAGAGCAAAGACGAGGAGCAGCUGCGGGAGGGCAUCUCUGCGGCCUGGAAGUCCAACUUGCCGGACGACGACGCGGAGGUGGCCCGGGCCACCGAUGUGCUGGGUGGCGCUCAAGCGGCCUUAAAGGAGAUCAUUCUGGGCAAGGAGCUCAAGCAGUUGCAGGAGGCGGUGGCAACUGGCGAGGAGGACCAGCUCAGGGCGGCAUUGAGCCAGGCACGAAGCGUCCUCAGUGAGGAGGAAUGCGCAGCGGCACAGGAGGCGCUGAACAGUUUGGUGCUGGAGCGGAAGCUCAAGGCGCUCCGCUCCGCCGCCGACAGCAGCGACGAGGAGCAAUUGAGAGCUGCAAUCAUCGAGGGGCGCAAGGAGAAUUUGCCGUCAGCGGAGCUGGACAGGGCCAAGGUCGCUUUGGACACCCUGAUCCUGGCGCAGAACGUGCAGAACUUGCAGGAGGCGGUCGAGAGCGAGGACGAAGAGCUCCUGAGAAAAGCCAUUCUGGAGGCGAAGCAACUGGAGCUGCCCGAGGAGGAGAUCCAAGAGGCUCAGGCGGCCUUAGGGGAGCUACUGGAGCGCAAGAGCCUUCGCCAGCUGGAGCUGGCGGUGGCCUCCGCGGACGUCACCGUGCUCAAGGAGGCCAUCGCCUUCGCCCGGCGCUUCGGCCUCGACGAGGCGGCCCUCACCGAGGCCAAGGACACGCUGCGUCAGACGACCUUGGACAAAGCUUCCAAGUACCUGCAAAACUCGGCGGAGUGCCAAGAGGAGGAGCAGCUGAGAGACGCCAUCUCCGAGGCGCGAAAGCUGGAUUUGCCCCAGGAGGAGCUGGAGGCGGCACAGCAGGUGCUCAACGAGCUGAUCCAGGAGCGGCAGACGGAGGAGCUGCGCCGCGCAGUGCUGCGCCAGGAGGAGUCGGAGCUGAAGGACGCCAUCCGCGAGGCCAGGCGACAGGAGGUGCCACAGGAAGAGAUCGACAAAGCCCAGGACACGCUGAGCCGGGUGGUGUCUGAGCGGAAGCUGGGUUGGCUGGACAACGCCAUCGAGGCUCGGGACGAGUCGGAGCUGCGAACUUUGCUGGCAGAGCUCCGGAAGAUGGAGAUGUCGGAGGGGCUCAGGGAGAGGAGGGAGGAGGCUUUGGGGGCAGGGCAAGCGGUGUUGGCGGAGCUGGCGCUUGAGAGGGAGCUGAUGAACGUGGCGCGCGCAGAGGCGAUCAGCGAGCAGGAGCUGAUGAACGUGGCGCGCGCAGAGGCGAUCAGCGAGCAGGACCUACGGGAGGCCAUCGACCAGGCGCGAGAGGCGAACGUCCCCUCCAGCAAGCUGGAGCCGGCCACCGAGACGCUGCAGCAGCUCACCGUGCAGCGCCUACGCGCCGACGUGGCGCAGGUGGAACUCAGCGACGAUGAAGCGGAGAUCCGGGAGCUGCUGCAGGAAGCGAAGGUCUUGCUGGCGCCAGAGGAAUUGGAAGGCGCGCGCGAGCGGCUGGCCACUCUUCAACUGCUCCGAGAGCUCUCAGAGGCCUCCACCCGAACUGCGCUGCGGGCGCUGCUGCUGAAGGCGGAGCAGAAGGGCCUGGAGCACCUGACAGUGGAGGUGGCCAGGCGGAAGCUGGCGGCCAUCGAGGAGCUCCGCGAGGCGGAGCAGUCGAGGGAUCUGCCCCUCAUCGAGACGCUGCUGGCACAGGCCAAGCGGCUCAGGGUGGACCCGGACGUCAUCAGCGCAGCCGAGGGGGUGCUGGAGAGGGAGCUGGGGAUCCAACGCUUCGGGCUGAAGCACGGCGUGGUGAUCUUCAAGCGAGACGGCCAGCACCUGCCCAUCCCCUUCCAGGAGCGUUUCCGCAGCGAAGACAUCUUCGAGCUGAUGAUCGGCGUGUACCGCAGCCGGACCCUGCAGCAGGUGGCAGUGCCGGUGGGGAUUUGCACCGCUUGGGCAGCGAUCUGCGCGGUGGUCGCCACGCGCUAUCAGCUGGCGGAGGGCGCUUGGAGGCUGAACCAAUUUCUGGUGACGCCGCUGGGUCUUUUGUUGACCUUCCGCACUCAGCAGUCCAUCACUCGCUUCAACAUUGCGGUGGACCUCUGGAGCAAACUCUCCUCGGUCUGCAGAAGCCUCUCCAGGGCCAUGUUCUACCAAGCGCCCGAGAAAAUCCCCUGCGACGCCCAGCUGAGCCUGGCCAACGAUCUCCAGCUCUUUCCCGAGGUUUUGCGGGAGCACCUGGAGAAUCGCCGCACCAAGCUCUUAGAGAUCUGCCGGGACGACGUCUCGAAGCCCAUGGCCCUGCUGGAUAAGAUCCAGGCGCAGAUCAUGGCCCUGAAGCAAUUGGAGUCGUCAGAGAGGACACUGCUCCUGAAAUAUGUGGAGCAGCUGUCGGAUCUGGUGAGCCCUUGUGAGAGCAUCGUGCAGACGCCGGUGCCUCAAAGUUACGUGCGGCACACGGGGCGGUUCCUGGCGGUUUGGCUGCUGAGUCUGCCUCUGUCACUGGCCUCACAGAGCGGCUGGCUCACGGUGGCCAUUGAGCUCGUGGCCUCGUGGUGCUUGUUCGCCAUCCAGGAGAUUGGCGUCCGCUUGGAGGAUCCCUUUAAUGGUCAAGUUACGAUGCACAUCUUCAUCCAGACGGUUAGGAAGGAAGUGCGCCAGAAAUACAUCCUGCUAGUGGAGGAGUUGGUGAAAAGCUUGGACUCGGAGAGGAUGGACCUGCUCUGUGAGAGCUGGUCACACCGCUUCGACGACUUGUUCUUCCAAGUCCUGGAGGACGAGCAACGCCUUGCAACAGACAAGACGCGGCGGGCAGCACUUGCUGCUGUGGCAGAGUCAGUGAAGCAGUACCUCUGAGCUUCUUUAGCAGUUUCCAGUAUGCUUAGCCAGGUGUUUUUACACUGAGGAACAAAAAUCCUGCACCAGAGCCACCUGCAACUGGUGCAUAAUUAAUUUGUCCAUCCGCAGUCCCUUCUUGGGGUGGUUUCGACAUGAC